ACCAAGGCUUCGCGGUGCCUCGUUGCUUCAGCGGACUUCGCAAUCCUACGAUGCCACCCCUCACCCUGGCCAUCUGCGCCGUCGCCGCGGCCCUGAGCCCCCUCCAGGUCUGCCACCACAAGACAUGCUCCAAGCACGGCCUCGCGAGGCGGACGCUGGACAUCGCACACGUGCUCGGCGGCCCCGAGGCGGCGGUUCAGACUUUAGAAUGCCAGAGCGGCUGCAACGCGGGCACGGUCUCCGUUGUCGGUCGCCGCUUGUACGACGUGGAGCGCGCGUCGGCGGCGACGCUCGCGGCGAUUCUGGAGAUCGAGCUCGGCGUUGCGGUCACGGACGCCGCAGUUGAUGCCUGUGAUAAACUAGCCGCCGCCGACGCGGCGCAGCGGCGUGGCGACAAGGACGUUGCGCGCAAAACGCUGCGCGCGCUGCUCGACGAUGCGGCCGCCCUCGCCGCGGCGCCGCGCCUCGAGGCCCUCGCGGCGGUGCGCCUCUUUGACCUCUUAGCGGGCGAGGCGGAACAGCGCGAGGCCCUCGAGCCGAUCUUGAUCCGCAGUGCGGAGCACGACACGGCGGCGACGUGGCGCCUGGCGGCGUCGCGCGGCGCGCGGGGCGACUGCGACGGCCAGCGCGAGGUGUUGAUCGCGCUCACGAAACGUGAGCCUGCAGCAAUCGACGCGGCGCGCGAAUUGAUAGAGGGGUGUGACGUAACGUACACUUAGCAGGG